AUGGCUGUGGACGGUACAGAUGAGAAUAGUUUAGAACAAGGUGUUCACACAGAAGAUGCAGCCCGUCUUCGAAAGACCUUCGGUGGAUCUCUAUCCGAUCUCAGUCCGUCUCAGAAGUGUGGAGCCUGGGCCUCACACUUUCAGCGGCUCUUUGUGUCGUUUAUCGGAGCGGAUUGGAUCUACCUCAUGAUCCUGGGGUUCAUCAUGGCAGUGAUCAGCUUUGUCAUGGAUGUCUUGGUCGACCUCCUCACAGAAGCACACAGGUGGAUCUACGAUCUUGCGGACAGUCAUGUUUUCCUGCAGUAUUUGGCGUGGAUCGCAUAUUCUAUGUUUCUAAUGUGUUUCGCUGCAGGAUUCGCAAACAUAGUUUCAAUUCAGGCCGCUGGGUCUGGUAUUCCUGAAAUGAAGACGUCUCUGAGAGGAGUGAUGCUGCAGGAAUAUCUCACGUUCAAGACAUUAGUGGCCAAAGUCAUCAGUCUGACCUGUGUGCUCGGAAGUGAAUUACCUGUGGGGAAGGAGUGUGUUAUUCAGUUUGGAGGUCACAUCUAUGUUUUUCUGUCUGCGACGUUCGGUGCCUUCGUCUUCAGACUUCUGCCGGUGUGGAACAGACAGGAAGAGACGCUUAUGGCUCUUUAUGCAACGAAAUACAGGUUGGACUUUCCUUUUGACCUGCAGGAGCUUCCCAUCUUCGCUGCGAUGGGGAUAGUAUGUGGCUUUGGCGGCGCCUUCUUUGUGUAUUUGUAUGGAAAGAUUACUCUGUUUGUGAAGAAGCAGAAAGCCAUGAACAGCUUCCUCAUGAAGAAUUGUUUCUUGUAUUCCGCUUUGGUCUCUGUGCUGAUUUCAACACUCACUUUCCCUCCGGGCUUUGGGCAGUUCAUGGCCGGACAGCUUACACAAAGGAAUUCCUUGAUUUCAUUUUUUGACAAUCGUACCUGGUCAAAUCAUGGCAUCAUAGCAGACUUUGAUCAUGACGAUCACUUAGCCGCCUGGAAACAUCCGCAGGCUAACGUCUUCAUCAUUCUCUCCAUCUUCGUCAUCAUGAAGUUCUGGAUGUCUGCUAUUUCCAUAACCCUUCCUAUACCAUGUGGUUCCUUCGUUCCCAUUUUUGUUAUUGGUGCUGCGUUUGGCCGUUUGGUGGGUGAAGGUUUGGCCACGUUGUUUCCCGAUGGAUUUAACAUGGAUGGACAGGUAUACCAUAUAGUGCCCGGAGUGUAUGCUGUCGUAGGAGCGGCAGCGUUAACGGCAGGAGUCACUCACACGAUCUCAACCGGUGUGAUCAUGAUGGAGUUGACAGGUCAGAUCAGUUACGGUCUGCCCAUCCUGAUCUCUGUGAUUCUCGCCAACAUGGUCUCUCAGAGUCUUCAGCUGUCCAUCUACGACACAGUUAUCCGCAUAAAAAAACUGCCUUACCUGCCUAUGCUCAGCUGGGGCCACCGCGAUAAGUAUAUUAUUCAUGUGGAGGACUUUAUGAAAAGAGAAGUUUGUUAUAUCACACUGAACUCCACCUACCGAGACAUAUUCAACAUUCUACGCUCAGGAAAUCUGAAAAUGCUGCCAUUGGUGAAGUCUGCAGAGUCGAUGCUCUUGCUGGGUUCAGUUGAGCGUGCUCAGUUACUGGCACUCUUAAUGCAGCGAUCGCAGCACCUACGAGAGGAAAAUGCGCCCACCAUCAGCUACAAGGUUCACUUCCAGGACGACCCAGACGCAGAGGAUGAUACGAUACUUCAAGAGAUCGAGGAGUGGGAGGAGCAACAGCUUGACGAGCAGGUGAACUUCAACAACUGCAAGAUUGACCCCGCCCCCUUCCAGCUGGUGGAGCGCACUUCACUGCACAAGACUCACACCAUGUUUUCUGUGUUGAAUCUGGAUCACGCUUACGUCACCAGCAUCGGACGACUUGUCGGAGUCGUUUCACUGAGAGAGUUGUGUAAAGCCAUUGAAGGCUCCCUGCCGGCGGACGGCGUAGGCUUGCGUCCUGUUCUGGCCACUUUCAGAGACCGAGGCGUCCGAGGAUCCAGGACCGAGACCACCGAACUCCACAGACUACUGGAGCAUCAGAUCAGCUAAAACACCAGCGAGCGGCGAUGUUACAGCUGAGCCAGGAGCCAA